AUGAGCCCUCUCUCAGCCUCGGCCUCUCAACUAUCGUUUAGUUCACCUGUUUCCCGGUCUUCCCGGUCGCCAUCGGGGAACAUAAGACUUCCUGGACUCCUCGGCCAGUCAUCCGUUGUCGCAAGCCCGGUCGAGUCCGUAAGAAGCAUUGCCUCAUUCUUUACGAAGCUGCGGUCUCCGCCGAGACAUUCCGAGUUUUAUUUGCAGGAUGAAUUAUCUGUCUUCCUGGUAGACGGGGUGUUAUUCCGUGUACAUCGCUUUUUUUUGCAGCGCGAGUCGGAUGUGUUUCGCACUAUGUUUGUGUGUCCUCCAACCCAGGACGGUCCUGAAGGACUCACUGACGACAAGCCCAUCGUCCUGCCUGAAGUGACAGUCGCUGAGUUUGAGGCUUUGCUCAAGUUCCUAUACGAUGGGGGUAUCUCACCAUCUCCUUUCUCAACAGCAGACGAAUGGAUCAGACUGCUGUCGAUUGCAACCCGCUAUGCAAUGGAGCGUAUCCGUGCGAGAGCGUUGCAUGAACUAGAGUGCCUCCCACCGCUUGAUCCCAUCCAGAAGAUUGCCCUGGCGCGGAAGCACGACGUACGGGAGUGGCUGUUGCCCUCUUACGUAGCGCUUUGUUUAAGGCGAGAGCCUUUGAAUGUGCUCGAGGCAGUAGAACUUGGGCUGGAGACCAUGGUACUCAUAGCGAUUGGUAGGGAAACUGUAAGGGACCCUGGUACUCUGAGAGAUUUCGAAGACUUAAGGCAGCCACUGGGAUAUGAAGAAUUUAUGACAGCAAUCGUUGCCAACAUAUUUGGAGAUGGGGAGUUCUCGGGUGCUUGA